AUGGAUGAAGUAGGAGAAGGAAAGAUCUGUGGUGUGGAGAUUUUGCAAGAGAUGACGGAGAAAAUUCAAUUGAUAAAAGAAAGAAUGAAGGUUGCUCAAGAUAGACAGAAGAGCUACGCCAAAUAUUGGAUCUUCCAGCUGAAUUCCAAGGAAUUCAUGACGUAUUCCACGUAUCUCACCGUUAAGAAAAGUUUUGGAAAGCAUACGCUAGCAGCUGUAGAUAUAGAGGAUAUAUCAUUACAACCUAACCUAACCUAUGAGGAAAUACCUAUUCAGAUUACUGACUCGAAGGAAAAGGAACUCAGGAAUCAGAAAAUUCCUCUAGUCAAAGUUCUUUGGUGA